AUUCUCCUCUGCCUCUCCACACACAAAAGCUGCUGCUCUAAAUAAGCCCAAUGCUACUGGAUGAACGCCAGGCUGCUGUCCAAAGUGUCCAGGCGCGCUGAGGUUGAUUGGAGCUGUCCGCGGUCCUGAACCUCCACCACACAAUCCGCUUAUAACAACAGCCCGUGAGUCGAGCUCUCUCUCUGCGCGAGUCACCGGGAAGUAGACCGCUUACGGACAUUUUAUUUGACAUUCGAGUCAUUCUCGCUGGAUUGUUUAACACAAGGACAAAUAUAUAGUGUGUUCUGAGGAGUCGUUUCAGUAUGUGCGUAAGGAUCGAGUUCCGAACGAACUGGCUCUUUCUGCUGCUCAUUUUGAGUCUUUCAGUGAUUCACACGCGUUGUCAAGAAGAUGGAACCAUACAAACUGGGAGAGGAGGAGAGUCAGAAUCAGAGAAAGAGUUUGACCCUUUCACCAGUAAACAGGAGCCACCAACUGACAUCCAGCAGCUCACAACAGAAGCAGUACCAGUCCUCCCCAACCUAGGACUGCUUAAACUCCACUCAGCUCUGAUGACCAAGAGCUUUGAGGGAGAUCAGCAGUUUUUUAAAGAGGCACCACACACCGUGCCAACAGUCUCUACCUCUACAUCUAACACUGAACAUUCACUUCUGGUGCGUCAGGAAGAUUCAGCAGUUUUCUCUGACCAUGUGACCACAUUGACCAUGCCUGCGGCAACAUCUGUUGAACAAGGAAAACCCAGCAAAAGCCGUAGUAGAACAUCAGAGAAGAUAGCAGUCACCUCUCAACCUCUCACAAACCCCACCGUUCCAACCAGCACUCCCACAAGCACCAGUCAAAUCAGAACUCUCACCACAACAACAAAGAAAGACAAGAAAACUACUUUGCCACCACUGUCUCUGUCAACUUCACCUAAGAAAGAACCACAAAGGCCAGAAGGGAAAACCACAUCAGGAUACUCCUUUGAGACAUAUUCAGCUCACUGCGAUAUGAACUUCACAGAGGCUGAGGGUUAUAUAGAGCUCCCUCUGGAUGUCUCAUUUGAUUCCCACAUGCAUUGCACCUGCAUGGUUACGGUAUAUCUGGGUUAUGGUGUUGAGAUUCAGGUGCUGAACGCGAGUUUGGAUGAUGGAAUGGAGGCAGUUCUGGAGGAUCUGGGUGGACCUGUGACCUCCAUCCUGGCCAACAACUCAGUGUUAUCCAGGGGUCUGGUGAUACGGAGCUCUAGUAACCAGAUCUCUGUGCGGUUCAGCAGUGAAUGGCCCGCUCGCCCUGGCUUAUUACUUCUGCGGUAUAGAGCCUUUGCUCUGAGUUGUGCAUCCCCGCUGGCCCCUGAUAAUGGUGAAGUAUCAGUCACUGGUCUUCAGGUUGGGGGCGUGGCCUAUUUCUCCUGUCUGAAUGGCUAUCAGCUCCAGGGCCCCACCUCCCUCACGUGCCGAAAUGCCACCACACCCUACUGGAGUGGCAGAGAGCCCAGGUGUCAAGUUGCUUGUGGGGGGACGAUGAGAAAUGCCACUCAGGGUCGUAUUGUCUCUCCGGGGUUUCCUGGAAACUACAGCAACAAUCUGACGUGUCACUGGGUACUGGAGGCCCCUGAGGGCCAUCGGCUACACGUUCACUUUGAGAAAGUGGCACUGGCUGAGGAUGAUGACAGGCUCCUCAUAAAGGAUGGGAGUAACAUUGACUCUCCGCCCCUGUAUGACUCGUAUGCAGUGGAGUAUCUGCCCAUUGAGGGGGUCACAAGCACCAGCAGGCAUCUGUUUGUGGAAUUUACCAGUGAUGAGAUGGGCACAUGCACUGGCGCUGCCAUCCGUUAUGAAGCAUUUGCUCAGGGCAGCUGUUAUGAGCCAUUUGUGAAGUAUGGAAAUUUCUCCACGAGUGAUCCUGCGUUUGGAGUUGGUUCUGUGGUGGAGUUCACCUGUGAGCCGGGUUACACGCUGGAGCAGGGCGCUGUUAUUUUAGAGUGUGUAAAUGAUGAAAAUCCACAAUGGAAUGAGACGGAACCAGCAUGCCGAGCGGUGUGCAGUGGAGAAAUAACAGAUUCAGCAGGUGUGGUGCUUUCUCCAAACUGGCCUGAAGCGUACGACAAGGGUCAGGAUUGUAUCUGGGGUCUACAUGUGGAGGAGGACAAGAGAUUCAUGCUGGAUGUCCAGGUUCUUCGUCUGGGGAAGAAUGACCUGCUGACCUUUUAUGAUGGUGAUGACCUCACAGCCAACAUCCUGGGCCAGUACAGUGGUUUCCUCCCUCGAUUCAGACUCUACACCUCUACGGCUGAUGUGACCAUCCAGUUUCAAUCUGAUCCAGCCUCCAAUGUCUACGGAUACAACAAUGGCUUUGUAGUGCAUUUCUUUGAAGUGCCACGUAACGACACAUGCGCAGAGCUACCAGAAAUCCUUAAUGGCUGGAAGAGCACAUCUCAUCCUGACCUGACCCAUGGAACCGUUAUUACCUACCAGUGUUACCCAGGCUUCCAUCUGCAGGGCUCAGAGAUCCUGAUGUGUCAGUGGGAUCUGACAUGGAGUGGAGACGUCCCCCUCUGUGAGAAAAUUAUGUCAUGUGUGGAUCCGGGACUAGUGGACAACAGCCGCAGACUGGUGACGGGCUCUCGUUACGCUGUGGGAUCCUCUGUGGAGUAUAUCUGCAACAAAGGAUACUCACUUUCUGGCCCUGGAGUGCUCACUUGCUACAGCAGAGAAACUGCAGACCCAAAGUGGAGUGAAAAACUGCCAAAAUGUGUCCCUGAGAGAUAUGAACCCUGCAGUAACCCUGGCGCCCCCUCUACGGCCAUCCAGAGUUCAGAGAAAGCUUUCUUCCAGGCAGGAGAGACUCUAAGCUUCACCUGUCGUGCAGGUUAUGUGCUUCAGGGUGAAGCCACUAUCCACUGCAUCCCAGGACAUCCCUCUCAAUGGAGCAGUGCGCCCCCUAUGUGCAGAGCUUCUUCGAGAAACACUGAUGAACACAGGCAGAAUGCUGCCGAUUCAGAGUUUGAUGUGGAGGGCGUCAACAUUGCCAUUGCAGUUCUGAUUCCCGUUGCAGUGGUGCUGAUGCUACUCUUGGUCUUUUUCCUCUGCAUUUCAAUAGCUCAAAGCAAGACCCUUCAGCUCCCCGGGUCGUCUUCUCCACCGUACGACAACAUGACCGAAGAAUCUGCAUUUGACAACCCCGUGUAUGAGACGGGAGUAAGUAUGGAUGCCAUGAACCUCAGAGACGUGGGCUCUCACAACACCAUCGUCCUGUCCUGAUCAACCCUGCCUGCCAUUCUGUCAUUCCACCUGUCAUCUGUGACUCUGACCUGAUCUGCAGAACAAAUAAAAGGAAUUUGAACAGUUAGAUGGCUAAACAUCCGUUAAAUGAAUAAUAUCCGUUUAAUUUAAAGGCCAGUAUUUAUAAUGCAGCAGUAUCAGUACCAUGUAAUGGCUCUACUAAAGACUUUAGGACCAGAUAUAUCAUAAAACUAUCUUCAUAAUUUAAUGAGCUUAAUGUUACAUAAACAAAAUGUUUCUUGGGGACUCUUAAUGAAUGUUUUUUUUUCUUUGAAAUUUUUCAAAGAAUUUCAAAGAUGCUGCUGUAUUUUCAUAACAUGCAAAUGAAAGGGUAAGAAUAAAUACAUUUCAGUGGAAAAUGAAAGACUCUGCGUUCCUUGAAAAAAAUGAAAACGUUAAUUUUAGAUGUAAAAAAUAAACAUUUAGGCUUGAGGCCAUGGGUCAUGGGUAGCUAGAACUCAGCAGAUGGUGUGUGUGUGUGUGUGUGUGUGUGUGUGUGUGUGUCUCAGUUUACCCUCUAUGUUCUCAUAUUGAACGUUGUAAUACUGGUGUGUAACUCAUAUUUACCAAAAAUGCAUUUCCUAAUCAUACAGCAUCCAGGAUGAUGUCAUUCACGGUUAUCUGCUGAAUGUGAAUGAUCACAUAAUUAAUAAUGUUUAGUUAAAUUUUAUUGCUUUUACUUGAUUGGAUUUUUUCAUGACUCUCACAGGACUCAUUGUUGUGUUUUAUUUCCACAUCAUUCAUCAUUUUUGUGUUUCAUGUUUUCAUAAGUUUCCUCUCUUUUGGUUCAAAUAAAAAUACUAAUGAAGCUUAUGAAUUUACUUGUGCAUUAUACAUACAUAAACAUAUCUGAGUUCAAAAGUUUAUGGUCUGUAACAUUUUUUUUAACUAAAGAAAUAACACUUUUAUUCAGCAAGGAUGCAUUAAAUUGAUCAAAUGUGACAGUAAAGACAUUUAUAAUGUAAAGUUUUCUAUUUCAAAUAAAUGUUUUUUUUUUAACUUUCUAUUUGACAAAUAAUCCUAAAAAAUGCAUAAGGGUUUCCAAAAAAAUAAAAAAUAAAAAUAAAAUAAACAGCACAAUUGUUUUCAACAUUGAUAAUAAAAAUAAAAUUUUGAGUUCAUUUAAAUUAAAAAUUUUAGUUAAUACAAUGAAGGCAGCUGGUUUAAUCAACAGAAACUCAGAAUAUUAUGUUAUCUGAACCACAUUAAUUAUCUAAGUUGAUUUGACAAAAGAAAAAAUGUUCUGGUAACAAAUCAUGAAAAUAUUUUUUACAGUGUAUUAUAGUAUUAUGACUUUUUUUUACUGAAAUGCUUUUUGUCUGGAGUAUAACUUGGAUGAUCAGUUUUUAAGGGGGCUCUGAAUGAAGACAAUAAUAAGACAAAGAGAAACCACUGUUCUGAAAUCUUAUU